ACUCCGCGCCUGCGCAUAUGUAUUUCUAUGACUUCCGAUGCACAAGGAACACCAAGGUCUAACAGCGGCCCCGACAGAAUAAUCUACACCGCGACGUGUCAGAGUCGUUUUCUUCGCCUGGCUGCCCCGCUUAGUGCUGCAGAAUUGUUGGGGUUUUCAGUCCUCUCCUCAGCCUGCGAGAAUGCCUGCUGCACUUGCAGAUACGAGUCAGAUUAUCUGCGAGGUCUGGGCGAGUAACGUAGAGGAGGAGAUGAGGAAGAUCCGACAGAUCGUUCAGACCUUCAGCUACAUCGCCAUGGACACAGAGUUCCCAGGCGUGGUGGUCCGGCCCAUCGGGGAGUUCCGCAGCACGGUGGACUACCAGUACCAGCUGCUGCGCUGCAACGUGGACCUGCUGAAGAUCAUCCAGCUGGGCCUGUCCUUCAUGAACGAGGACGGAGACUACCCUCCAGGAACCACCACGUGGCAGUUCAACUUCAAAUUCAACCUCACAGAAGACAUGUACUCCCAGGACUCCAUAGACCUGCUGCAGAACUCGGGCCUCCAGUUCAAGAAGCACGAGGAGGAGGGCAUUGACACGCUGUACUUUGCAGAGCUGCUCAUGACGUCGGGGCUGGUGCUGUGCGAGAACGUCAAGUGGCUCUCCUUUCACAGUGGGUAUGACUUUGGCUACCUGGUGAAGCUCCUGACGGACACGCGGCUCCCGGAGGAGGAACACGAGUUCUUCCAGAUCCUCAACCUCUUCUUCCCGGCCAUCUACGACGUCAAGUAUCUGAUGAAGAGCUGCAAGAACCUCAAGGGGGGGCUCCAGGAGGUGGCUGACCAGCUGGAGCUGAAGAGGAUUGGCAGACAGCAUCAGGCUGGGUCAGACUCUCUGCUCACUGGGAUGGCCUUCUUCAGGAUGAAGGAGCUUUUCUUUGAAGACAACAUCGACGACGCAAAGUAUUGUGGGCGAUUGUACGGCCUGGGCUCGGGCUCCACCCAAAACCAGAACGGCAUAUCGAGCUCCGCCCAGGAGGAAACCAACAACAAGCACUGACCGACAGACGACCUGCCCAGUCAGCCAGCCAGUCAGCCCGUCAGGACGCUAGCUAGCGAGGCCUGUGGCUUCCUCUCCUGUUUUAACCCACCCAGCAGGCGUUUCUCACCCCUGCGCCCACCCUCCCCGGGGGAGUCCAAUCCACCAGCUCAGCAGGUGGACACUGGUUUCAGACCCAUCCACAACACACUGACUCUCCAGCUGAACCAUUCUGUCCUGGUUCAGAACCCCUUUCUCCCCGAUCCCCACCAGGACAUUACCCCCCCCACCAUCACACCCCCCCCCCCCCCACCACCACCAUCACCCAUUGAGAAAGAACCACCUUCAGGAAAAAACCUUUUAUCUUUGUUUUAAAAGCAUCGCAGUUAUAAUACCCUUCUUUUUUUUAAAGCAUGGGACCAGCUCUUGUGUAUUGUGCUGCGACAAUGAGAAGUGUAGCAUUUGGAACUGCCCUGUGGCCGUUCUCACUGGAAUUCCUGCUUAACAACAACCACAACUUCAGUCAGUAGUCCUGUACCCCCCCCCCC